AUGACAGAACAAAUACAAUUAAACUUGGGAUGCAAUAAAAUAAUAUGGGAAAGUCAUGAUAGAAAGGAAAGAAUAUAUGAAUUACGAUAAGUUGCUCGAGAUGCAAAUUUUGUGAAAUUUUAUUGGGUUAAAGGCGCAGGAUAGCGAACUCUAAGGAAGGGUAAAUGGUAUUGCUUUACAAAUUAUAAAAUUGUACACAAAAUUUUACGGCCAAUUCUAAAUUGUUAUUCCAAAUAUAGAAGGAUCACAAAGCUUGAAAAAGAGGAAUUGAAAGUUGAACGAAUGAGGGACCCUUAUUCAAAUAUAUUAGGAAUAAUUUAAGAUGUAGGCCAUUUGGAUCAAUUUUCGAGAUAAUUUCCCUUUAGAUUUAUCGAAGUUUUGUUGGGAGAUGGGAAUACUGUAGUGCAAAUAUUCUUAAAAAAUGACUUUGCCACAGAGAAAAUAGAAAAAUUUUAGAAAGGUGAAAUAAUCUAUAUUCAUGAAUGUAAAAAGAACAUAAAUCCUUAAACCAAAGAGAUCUGGUAUUCAACUUUGACGAAAAAUACUAAAAUCAAAUUUUAUCUUUAGACUAUUCGAUAACAUGUUCGCAAAGAUAAGUUUGAAGAAAUUCUUAAGCUUAAGUCAAGAUUAGAAUUCUAAGACGAAGCAACUGGACAAAUAGAGUGA